ACAGAUACGAAAAUUCAAGUGGUUCUCUGUUCAUAAUGUGCUAUUGAUAACUGGCUAUUAAUUUUCAAACGGUUUGAAUUUUCUGUUGUUUCACAAUCAAACUGUUAGAAGCAAUUUUUUUGUGUGUUUUUCUGAUAUUUCCCAUUGAAUAUAUUUGAUUGAAUUGUAAUUUAGAACAUUUGUUUUUAUUAUAUUACUUCAUAUAGACUAGGAAUUCAGUUUGAAAUGUUUGACAUAACAUUUGAACUGUUUCCGAACAUUGUGAAUUUAAAAUAAAGAUUGAUUAUUACACACACUAUAAAAAAAAAGUUCUGAUUUAAAUUAUGCAAUAAUUGAAAUAUAGUAGAAAAUUGGCAGCGAUAUGAAACUAUUUGGUUGAGUUAAAUUAAUGAUUUUUCGUAUAUCUCCCAAUUUGAAUCUGUAGAAUUAAAGUUUUAUUUAAGCUUAAGUAUGCACAGGCACUUAAGCACAACAAUGACAAUUGCUUCAUUGUGAAUGCUAUUAGUAUAGAAUGCCUAUGAAUAAUGUAGAGCUGUUUAUUGUGUAGCAUUACGACCUGUUGCUAGAUGUUGAACAGUGUAAAAAAGGGCAAAAAGUGAAGUUAAAUACGAAGGGAAAUCGUGAUUUGGUUUAACUCACUGAUAAGAAAUAUAUAAAACAGACGAAAUUGGUUGAAUUAUGUCAGUAUCACCGAACAUGGAGCUGAGACACUUGACAAUUUCACAAACAUUGCAGCUAUCGCAAAUUUUAGACAACAAUGAAUCAUGGAAGUCUUUAAUGGAGAAAAUUCCACGGAAUUUAGCUGACAUCAAAAAUGAGUCCGAUUCAAUAUCAAUAACACGAAAAUACAGCGCUGAAAAUAUCCAGCAAAUAGACGAAACGAGUAAACAAAUGCGUCGUUCGCCAACGACAAUUCUGCUGGAUGAAUGGGGAACAUCGGGUCGAAAACGUGCAACAGUUAGUGAUUUAUUGGAUUUGUUAGUGAAAGUGCAACUGUUUCGUGCAGCCGAUUUUGUUGCAAUGGAUAUUUUGAAUUCAUCACCGCCAGAGAGACCCGUAACUGGACCAGCAGCUAAAAUUGACAUAUCAUUGCCACCAGAAAUGUUUGACGAAAAAGCCGUCGAAGAGCUUUUAAACAAUGCUGCCUACCCAGACUCAUCACAUUUGGUCGGACAUUUGGAUUCAAUUAUAAACGACAACAAUAGAGACUACAGCAUCAGUGCUAGCAUCGAUCAUGGUAAACGAAUCAAUGAACUAUUUCCAAAUAGCUCCGAAGAAUAUAUGUCAGAGUCCGAUUCCCAUUCGGACCUUAUCGAAUUUUCCGCUCGAACCGUGUCCAGCAGCCGAAACAAUAAUCCAAACGAUCGGCAAUCACAUCAAACACCAUACACAGUAUUUUCACCUGAGCUGCCAUUAAUCCAACAACCAAGCAAUUUACUGAUCAUUGAUGAUUCAUCAGUAAUGACGGCCACGGACAGUGCCAGCGAAUGGAGUGCCGAUGAUAAUUCACCUCAAAUACCUGCUAACAUUAACUUAUCCACGUACAUCAGUGCAACCGAAUCAAAAAUCUUGACAAAACAAUAUAGCCAUUCCAUUGAUAGUCAAGUGAACAGUUCACUCAUUCCGGACAUUGAAAAUCUCAAAAUACGAAACGAUACAAAUGGUGCUUCCGUGUUGAGCGUAUCGAAUAACGAGAAAACUGACGCAAUUGAAGUAGACAAUGAAUCAUACAUUCCAAUGUUAUCCCUAUUAAAUGGCAAGAGUUGAAUAUCAUUUGUGAAAUUUUAGAGCAUUGUAGAACGUAGAGAGAACAAAUGUGUCACCGUUUUUGUACUGUUUUGUACUUAAAAUUAGUAUUCGGAAAAUGUUAAAUAAUCUGAGAAUCUCUUCACAACACACGUCGCACAAAGGAAACAUAUAAAUACCAAAUCAAAAUCAGACAAAAAUCCAGAAUGAUCUGGACAAUGUAUGCGAUGGCGAUUCAUUGCUAUCUAUUAAAUGUGUCAAAAUUUUUUUUUUUACUUAUACAACACAUUUGAUUUGCUGCAAAAAACAAAUUACGCAGAUUCUUUUUUGUCUGUUUAUAAUUUUAUUUGUUACUCAUGCAUUGACUCACUCUGAUAAAGAUUUUUCACUCAAACAAACAAAUUUGCUUUCCAUUCCAAAUAUAUAUAUAUAUAUAUUCUGAUAUUAUUUUAAAGAAAAUUGAAUUUAAGGAUAUUUGUCAUGAAAAUAAAAACUAACGGUUUUAUAUUUUAACCAUAAAAAAAAAACAUUGUAACAAACUUUCUGGCAAUUGGACAAUAAUAAAUGAAUAAGUAAUCUCUCCGAAAA